AUGUGGGGCCAUCUCACGUCGUCCCUCCGCCGACUCACAGUGCGCUCAGGCGAGCCGCACACGGCGCCGGACAAGCCGCUCAUCGUCGUCUUCGGGGCCACCGGCGCGCAGGGCAGCAGCGUGGUGGCGGCGCUGCUGGCGAGCGGGCGCUACCGCAUCCGCGCCGUCACGCGCCACGCCGACUCGCCGCGCGCCGCCCACCUGAGGGACGCCAAGGUGGAGGUGGCGCAGGCCGACCAGGCGGACCGCCAGGCCGUGCGGGCGGCGCUGGACGGCGCGUAUGGCGCGUUCGUGGUGAGUGCCGUGCGGCAGCGCAGCAGCCUCACUCCCCGCCGUGGCUUGUUCCGGCAGGCCAGGACUCACAGGGUGACGGACUACUACUCGCUGGGUGCGAGGGAGGUGGAGGUGGGCAAGGGAGUGGUGGAGGAGGCGAGGGGGGCGGGCGUGCAGCACGUGGUGUGGAGCACACUGCCCCACGUGCACCGCCUCUCCAAGGGGCAGCUCAACGUGCCGCACUUCACCAACAAGGCCCAGGUGCAUGCCUCUCGCCCCCUUCUUUCCCGGCUCUGCAGCUGCCGCCCACUUGUUGCUGCCGCCCACUCGUUGCUGCCGCCCACUCGUUGCUGCCGCCCACUCGUUGCUGCUGCCUUACCGCAUGCUUCCCCUUAUCUCCAGGCCUUGCGUUUAUGCGCCUGCUGCCCCACGCCGGGUGCCACACCCCAGGUUUCCCUCGCUUUUCCAACUCUUGCGCCCACUGCUGCGCCGUCGCUGUGUGCCGUCUCUCUUGGUCAUCCCGGCCUGGCAGGUGGAGGAGGUGGUGAGGGCGAGCGGCUUCAAGCACCACACGUUCGUCAUGUGUGCCUUCUACUACCAGAACUUCGCCCACUUCCACCUCGCCAGGUGAACUUCGCCCACUUCCACCUCGCCAGGGAGGAGGGUGACGGCACGGUGGUGUUUGAGCUGCCCAUGGCGGCGGACGACAUGCUCACGGCCUUCGAUGUGGACGACACCGGUGCCGCCGUGCUCAACGCCCUUGACCAUCCCGAUGAGUGGCACGUGAGUGCUUUCUUCUCGCCCUGGCAUCAUGGCAAAAACCAAGUCAACUGCUCCUGCUUGCCCAUCUGUUGCCCCCGUGUUCCUUCUCUGCUUAGUCCUAUCUCUCUCCGUCUCUCUCUCCUUCUCCCCCACCCUCUCCCUCUCUCUCUCUGCCUCUGUCUCUCCCGCUGCCGUGCCCCGCCAUGA